AUGGCUAAGUUUCAGACCUUGCACAAAUAUUUAUACAUUAUUCUAGCCCUAGUUGCCGGCCAUGUUUCCCUUCUAGCACAUGCCAGGAAAACACAUAUAAAGGCAUUGAACCAACAUUAUUACUCACCAACCACAAACACUGUAGCAAAUGAUCCCCAGCUUCACCUUCCAUCACUUAAAACAAACGUUGAAUCACCACACUACGAGAAAGCUAGUAAGUUGGAAGAUUCAGGUGCAGGCUCCACAAAUGCUUUCCGACCCACUACACCAGGAGGGAGUCCUGGUGUUGGCCAUGGAAUAAUUACAUCAGAAGAUCAUAACAACAUGAAAUCAUCAAUGGUGGUAGUUCAGACCGGGGAGGAUACCAAAUCUGAAGGACCAGGUCACAGCCCUGGCGUUGGCCAUGCUAGUUACCUAAACAAAAUUGGACAGGGUAAUUAA